GGCUUCUACCACACGGAAUGCUCUCCGCCGUGACGAGCCAAACAUUCUCAAACAGAGAGCAUGCAAGCCCACGUACAUACGACUUGUCGCCGGUGCACGACGCGCGUCGCUCUUUUAGGGAAUGCAUGAGGCAAGCGUACGAUAAUUCAUAUAUGACAGGACUACGUGCCAACCUCAUCCGUGCCAACUUCAUUCAUAAUUACGCGAUCAUUCGUACCCACCUGAACGAAAUCAUUCUCACCCGUGGCGACGAACGUUCAACCAUUCUUAUCAUGUCGACCAAUCGCCGGGGAUCGACCAAGAAAUGGUCUAUGUACCCAUCACUCCACAAUGACGUGUCCGACCUCCUUCGCGAACACAACCUUUUCUUCCAGUUUUACGACGAGGACGACGACAACAGCAACAGUUGCACGAAUGAUUAUGACACGACUAUCAUGGGUCUAUUUAUUUGUCGCAAUCGCCAAUGUCCAGUUCAGAUCUGGCAAAGCGGGCAAAUAGCCAUCACCAUACGAAGAUAUUCCGACAUGCGAUAUAAUGCAAGAGUAUAUCAUCAAUCCUGCAAGAGUUGCGGGACGCUGAGUAGGCCAAAAUUGGGUCGUUCAUAUGCAGAAAGAGUCGCAUAUCGUAUCAAAAAGUGGUGCGGAGUGCAAAUGGACGCUCCCCCCUUCUCAGGUCGGAGCGAUGGUCCACACAGGAGCGAUCUAUGUGAGGGGUGCAAGCAGGGUCAUUGCAGCCAAACGGGACUAUGGUUUUAGCAAACUAGCAACAAUGUCGAGGAGGAACAAAGACGUGUGCGGUUGUGAAGGAUUGGCGUUCGCCUUAGUGGCGCGGAUGUAUUAAGUUAGGCGACUUGCGAUAAUUUUGAGACAACGCUGUCUACUGAGAUAUCUCUGGUUGCGGAAUACUUUUUCCUAGGGCCCGCAAUCCCAGGUAUAGAGGGCUAUGGUAUAUUGCUUGAGCACGAAUGAUCCUAGACAUUUGGAAAGAUGCUGUAGUUGAUAACGUUAAUUUAGCUUUGCAAGCGUG